AUGGAAAGCUCAUCCGAUAGACCGGUGGACCAACCUGGAUCAGAGCUUCAACAUCUCAGAGACUUGGUUAUUCUGGGUUUCAAAGAUCUUAUGCGUAAAUGCGACCCGGACCGGAUACCAACUUGGGAGGUCUCUCCCACUGUCCCUGAUGAUGGAGUCAUGGACUCCAGGGACAUUCUCUACGAUCAGUUGCAUUCGACCCUUCUUCCUCUCUUGAAAGACCACAUCAUCACUCUUUCAACAUUACUAGAUCCUAUGAGCAUGCAGGAAGAAUCGGAGUUGAAAUUGCGGCGCGUACUGGAGAUCCAACCGGAAUUCAAUGGUAAUAUCACUCAGAUUCGCUCUGCCGUUGACGCCAUCUGCCCACAAUACCUAUCUACCAUGAGCCAAACCGAUGACCAGGAACUCAAGCAAUUCAAGGUGUAUCGGCUUCUCGAGAUCGAAAAGCAGGUUUGUGUCACACUCGACGAGGUCUAUCAUUCCUUCAAAGCUAUCUCCAGUUACAUGAAACGAAUGAAGCUCUUGGCAGGCGGAUCCGUGAAUAAUCUCGAUGUAAUGUGGUAUUUACAUUGGACUGAAAGAGCCGUAGCUGCGAUCGGGCUCACUAUCAGACUCCUAAAAGGAUCUGAAUUGGAUGUUGUCAAUGAGUGUGCGAAAGAUACAGUAUUCCGUAUCGAAUACCUGCUAGCCACUCUUCUCGAUAUAGUCAAUCCGAAUGCUCCCCUGCGAUAUGCGCUCGACCCACCGUUGACCCAUCAACCGAUCAUGGAGCUUGGCAAAUUGGCGAUCCUAAUCGUACAGAUAUCCAGACUGUUCUUCGAAAAAUUUUCGAAACACGGGAUGAACGGUCAAACACUGCAGUUGUUCACACAGAUGAACUCUGAACAACUCGGAUGUAUAUGUCAGAGUGGCGAAAAAGUGUUUGCCAAUCACGUGAAGAUUUGGAAACUCUUGUGCAGUGCGGAUGCGGACUUUGGGGAAAAUCCCGUUGAUAGUCGGUCCUUCAUUGAAGCAGCUGAAGAUCUCGUUAGUGCUGUUGAAGCUCCAUCGCGUCUUGUAGUGCUUCAUCUGGUUCCCUUACUCGAUGGUCAUCCAAAACAAACUUUCUACCUGGCUUGGUUUGCGACAUGGAACACUUCAAUCAAGACAGCCAUUCAUAACUUUGUUGAAGCUGUCAACCAGCUUUGA